ACUACUACUUCCCACAACAUUUCCUACUUCUUCUUCUUCCACUUAUGUAUCAUCACUUACCAUUCUCGUAGAUUCAGAAAGCAAAUGCUUCUCUUUUUCGUUUGUAAGAGAAAAAAAAGCGAGAGAGAGAGAGAGAGAUAGUCAAACUCGGCUUUAAGAUAUGAAAAAACGAGAGAGAGAGAUAGUCAAACUCGGCUUUAAGAUUGGAAAUAACAAGAAGUCUAAGGUGCCUUUUAUCAAAGAACCGAGAGCAGGAUUCAGACCCUGCUGUUAAGUUUGCAGGUAGAGAAAGAAGAUGUAAUGAUAUGUAGCUGUCACGAGACAAGAUUCACGACGACAACAACCUUUGACGGGCUGAAACCUUGCACACUUCGGGGGCCAGAGGAUCUUCACGUUGACAAAUCCAUAUAUCAUCGCCAUUAUCCAAUAAAAUAUGAUGAACACACUUUGUUGACAUCUCUCCUCUGUAAAAGUGCGGCACUUUUGAACCCUUCGAUUUGUGUAUUCACUCAGGUAAAACGGCGAAAGGGUAUGUAUAUACGGCGAAAGGGUAUGUAUAUACACUUUGGUUUGUAGACUCCGUCCGUCACUCCGCAUUGUCCCACACCACACAAACAGAGAGAGAGAGAGAGAGAGAGUAAGAGAGCCAUCAUGUCAACAGAUACUAAAGAAACCCGACCCGAAUCUAAACCCGAAGAACCUCUCGGAAAGCUUACCGCCGACGAAGAAAACGUUUCCGAUGCUUCUGUGACGGAGACUGACCUCUCGCUCUCCCCUAGUCAAUCAGAGCAAAACCUUGAAGAAGAAGAAGAAGACGGCCAAAACUCACUCGGUGAUGACCAAUCGCCGUUUACGGAGCUUCAACCCCAGCCUCUUCCUCCUCCUCCUCCUCCACCUCCUCCAAUAAUAGAAACAAGAAUCUCAGAAUCUCUCGGUGAAGAAGAAUCUUCCGAUCUGGUCACGGAGCAACAAUCUCAAAACCCUAACGCGCCGGAGCCUAAUAAUCCUAGAGCAAGAAAACGACGCCGUAGAAAGCGUUUCUUCACUGAGGUAAACUCGAACCCUGCUUUCUCAAGAAACCGCCGCACUAGCGUCGGCAAAGAGGUUGAUUCCGAAGCCCUAAUCGCAAUGUCGGUAGGGUUUCCGGUUAAUUCGCUCACUGAGGAAGAAAUCGAAGCUAAUGUGGUUUCCAUCAUCGGAGGUAAAGAUCAGGCGAACUACAUCGUCGUGAGGAAUCACAUCAUCGCUCUGUGGCGAUCUAAUGUAUCGAAUUGGCUAACGCGAGAUCAUGCGCUUGAGUCUAUACGUGCUGAACACAAAAACUUGGUUCAUACGGCUUAUAAUUUCCUUCUUGAGCAUGGUUACAUUAAUUUCGGGCUUGCUCCGGUUAUCAAAGAGGUGAAAUUGAGGUCUUUUGAUGGCGUUGAGCCGCCUAACGUUGUGGUUGUUGGAGCUGGUUUAGCUGGUUUGGUUGCUGCUAGACAGUUGUUGUCAAUGGGGUUUAGGGUGUUGGUUCUUGAAGGUAGAGAUAGACCGGGUGGGCGGGUUAAGACUCGGAAGAUGAAAGGUGGUGAUGGUGUUGAAGCAAUGGCUGAUGUUGGUGGAAGUGUUCUCACUGGAAUUAAUGGGAAUCCGCUUGGUGUUUUGGCUAGGCAGCUUGGUUUGCCUCUUCAUAAGGUUAGAGAUAUUUGUCCUUUGUAUCUCCCUAGUGGGGAGCUUGUUGAUGUUGGUGUUGAUUCUAAGAUUGAGGCAUCGUUUAAUAAGUUGUUAGAUAGGGUUUGUAAGCUUAGACAGUCGAUGAUAGAGGAGAAUAAAUCAGUUGAUGUGCCGUUGGGAGAAGCGCUUGAGACGUUUCGAUUGGUUUAUGGGGUUGCGGAGGUUCAGCAAGAGAGAAUGCUUUUAGAUUGGCAUUUAGCAAACUUGGAAUAUGCAAACGCUACAUUGUUGGGGAAUCUGUCGAUGGCGUAUUGGGAUCAAGAUGAUCCGUAUGAGAUGGGUGGUGAUCAUUGUUUUAUCCCUGGUGGGAACGAGAUAUUUGUACAUGCUUUGGCGGAGAAUCUUCCGGUGUUCUAUGGGAACACUGUCGAGAGCAUCAGAUAUGGAAGCAAUGGGGUUUUGAUUUAUGCGGGGGACAAAGAGUUCCACUGUGAUAUGGCUCUUUGCACUGUUCCGCUAGGUGUUCUGAAGAAAGGCGCGAUCGAGUUUCAUCCGGAGCUUCCUCAGAAAAAGAAGGAAGCAAUCCAGAGACUGGGGUACGGAUUGUUGAACAAAGUAGCGAUGUUGUUUCCACAUAACUUUUGGGGCGAAGAGAUCGAUACUUUUGGGAGGUUAACCGAAGAUUCGACCACACGAGGAGAGUUCUUCUUGUUUUACAGCUACUCUUCAGUCUCCGGUGGACCAUUACUUGUAGCACUUGUAGCUGGAGAUGCUGCAGAAAGAUUCGAGACAUUGUCCCCUACUGAUUCCGUUAAACGAGUCUUGCAGAUACUACGCGGAAUAUAUCACCCGAAAGGAAUCGUUGUUCCUGAUCCGGUUCAAGCCCUUUGUUCCAGAUGGGGCCAAGACAAGUUUUCAUAUGGUUCUUACUCAUAUGUUGCGGUCGGAUCAUCAGGAGAUGACUACGACAUUUUAGCUGAGAGUGUCGGUGACGGAAGAGUGUUCUUUGCAGGUGAAGCUACUAACAGACAGUAUCCAGCUACAAUGCACGGAGCAUUCUUAAGUGGGAUGAGAGAAGCAGCAAACAUACUUAGAGUUGCUAGAAGAAGAAUAUCAUCGUUGGCUUCAAAUCCUAACCAGACCUGCAUCGACAAAGAGGAAGAAGAGGCAGACGAAGAAGAAGACAGCUGCUUGGAACAUUUAUUCGAGACACCCGAUCUGUCAUUCGAGAAUUUCUCGGUGUUGUUUACUCCGAAUUCGGAUGAACCUGAAUCCAUGUCAUUGUUGAGAGUGAGGAUCCAAACGGAGAAACUCGAAUCGGGUGUUUGGUUUUACGGCUUAGUAACAAGGAAGCAAGCGGUUGAGCUUAGUGAGUUGGAGGGAGAUGAGUUGAGAAAUGAGUACUUGCGUGAAAAGUUAGGGUUUAUGCUCGUGGAAAGGAAGAGUCUUUCUCAAGAAGGGGAAUCGAUGAUCUCUUCGCUCAAAGCUGCCAGAUUGAAUCGACAGAUCUUUGAUUAGUAGUUAAAUGGUUUAGAUUAUAUUGUAUUCAGCUUCUCUAUCUCUUCUUCUUGUAAAAUUGCUGUUCUAAUCGUUUUUUAUACUUUUUGAAGCAAAACAUUUUGGAA